AUGCCCACUCUUUUAGCUGGAUCAAUAUCAAUGGGUGUAUUACUGAUAGAGAAUCUCAAAGAGCAAGAGGUAGCUCAGGUACAUUCAUAUAUCAUGCCUGGUGGUCAUUGGAAACCAAGAAACUGUCUGGCUAGGCAUAUAAUAGCAAUAAUAAUUCCAUUUCGUGAUCGACAAUCACAGUUAAUUCGAUUGCUGGACUUCCUGUUUCCAAUUCUGAGACAUCAGAAUCUUGAUUUUCGAUUCAUCGUUACUGAACAGUACGGAAAAGAAUUGUUCAACAAGGGAAAACUAAUGAAUGCAGCAUUUUCCUUUGCGGAAAAACUGCAAGUAGAUUGUGUAAUAUUUCAUGAUGUUGACAUGUUCCCAGCAGAUGAUCGUAUUAAUUACGGUUGUCCUGAUACACCGCGACAUAUCGGGGCUUAUGUUAACACCUUAGGUUACAGGUUAAUGUAUGAUGAAAUAGUCGGAGGUGUGCUUGCAAUUCGUAUGAAUCAUUUUCGUGCUGUUAACGGAUUUUCCAAUGAAUUUUGGGGUUGGGGCGGUGAAGAUGAUGAUAUGGGAAUACGUAUCUUAACUUUGAAUAUGACAAUUGAACGACCGGAUGUUCUCAUCGGACGAUAUGUAAUGUUACGGCACAUCAAACGAAAAGAUUCCAAUAACCAGUUAAUUAGACGUAUGCUGAAAGCUUCUCACAUUCGUAUGCAAUGGGAUGGUUUGAAAAAGUUAUCGUGGAGGGUUGUUGAGAUCAUUCGACGUCCUUUGUAUUAUCACUUAUAUGUUGAUGUAGGUAAACCACCACCUGAAUGGCAUUAA